GUUCUCGCCGCCCACGCGCUUGCCUCCGCCGUCGGGAUGACACGCUCUUUCUGACGUUCACAGCGCGACAUUCACGUCCUUCUCACCGUCGAGGACGUUGAGCACACAAGGGAUAUACAACGCUAGUCAAUACAUUCAAUUGUUUCACAUCAACAUGGCCCCUCUCCUAUCACGAACACUCGAUCCUAUCCUGGGUGUCUGCACCGGUAUAUUUGCUUACUAUCUAUACGAGACGCACCCUCGUACGGCAUUGCCUGAGCAAGAGCGACUCAAGGAACUCGUCAAAUGGAAAUUGGAGAAGAACAAGAGGGAGAAGGAGGCUAAACUUGGUUCAGACGAGGAGACGAUUGAUUGGAAGGCUCUCGCAGAGGUGGCGGAAGAGAAGAAAUGAGGGACCUGCACAGAUGCUUCGAAGCCAUGACACCAUGAAAGACCUCACGCUCAUGUUCCGUCGGCGAACCUUCGAACGUUGUACCAACAUGCCGAUGAAGCGCGACGCCCACCACCACAUCCUUCCUUUCGACUUCAAGCAGACCAGACGUAUCGGACGCCCAGACCAGGGACGCAGCCUGUGAAGCAUAGAGAGAAUGGAGUGUUCUGAUAUGCUCAGAUGGUGCAUUUCCGAGGAGGGGUGUGAGUUCUAUUGCCGGGGAUGGAGGCGGUAAUGGAAUAACAUUUGGUUCAUCAGGAUCGGGAGCAGGGGUUGGUAGCAGUGGUGCGGUAGCAGGUAUCCUUGCUCGUAUCUUUGAAAGUCGCAUUUAAGAGGGGGCCUCAUGGCAAAAACUUAGAGAAAUCCUUUGAUCGACUUACCAGAUUGCCAACUUUGCCCAGUUGCGUGAUCAGUAGCAGAGUACAGUCAACGAAUCUUUGUAUGACGACCUCGGUUGGUAUACCAUCGACUUCCCGCGUGAGCUUUGUAGUCUGCAACAUAGUUUGUUUCUGCCCUAGCGAAGCAGAGGUGGUGAAUCUGCAGGAUGAGAGUCGUAAAGAAAGCCAGAAUUCGGCAACGACGGAGGCUCUUGCAGAAGCCAUUGCCAUAUUAAGGCAGAUGAGUCCCGAAACGGC